AUGGGAUCCGACAAGUCCACAUCUGCGAGAUCUGCAUUUCCGAAAAGGAGAUCAACAGCGGAUGAUGCUGCGGGAAAGCCCUCGAUGUCCAGGAGAAGACGCGAGCCAACCAUCCGGGUUCGUCCGGAACAUCAGCAAAUAUUCAGGGGGAUGGUGUUUUUUUUCAUCCCUAACGACGACAUCUCCCCUGCACGUCGCAUGCGGAUCAACAAAGCACUUGAAUUUGGAGCAUCCCGCUCACCCACCUGGAGUGAUACUGUCACUCAUGUGAUAGCGGAUAAGAUGAUAUCGUUCACUGAUGUGUUGAAGUAUUUGAAGCUAGAUUCUUUUCCGCCUUCAGUCUCUCUGGUAAACGAAUCUUACCCUUCUGAAUGUAUCAACUGCGGGUCUCUUUUGAGUGUGUCUCAUGUUCGCUUCCGUGUCCGUGGAGUUCCGGUUGAUGAUAGAGAAAUCAUCAAAUCAGUUGAAGCGCCUGUAGUGCGCGAUUCACCAAGAGUGAAACCUGUUCGGAGUGGGAAUUAUCUGGAAACCCCCACUCCAUCCCGAUCACCACCAAUCGGCGAAGAGUUUCACGGCCCGCCAGUGCCAUCACUUUUUUCUGAGAGUCAUCGUAAAGAUGAUUGCGAUGGUGCAGUGGAGCAGCUCUCUCACACAGGACCUGACAUUUUAGAUGAGAUGAUUAAACAAACACGCGUAGAAAAGGAACUGCCUUUGGAUCAGUCAGACGAAGAGGAUUUAGACACGGCUUCAAAUAUAGAAGAAGCACAUUCAAACUCUGAUUCGGAAACUGAGAAACGAAAGAAGGCCAGGAAAAAGAAUCGAUCUCAUGAAAUCCCGAAAUGGCAAGAGACUUUUAGUUGUAUGCACAAGCACGAUGGACACACAGACGAGAAUAAUCCCAAUGCUCAAACCAUUGAGAUUUUGCAGAAAAUGUCGGAUUAUUACGACCGUGUUUCAGAUGAAUGGCGCGCACUUGCGUAUCGAAAGGCCAUCAGUAUUCUGCGGAAGCAGAAAGAGAAGAUAGUCACGAAAGAGCAAGCGCUUGCAAUGCCAUUCAUUGGUGAGCGACUUGCCGCCAAAAUCGAAGAGAUCGUCUGGACGAACAGACUUAGACGACUCGAAGAAGCGAGCACCGAGCCACAUGACGUCCUUCUCUCACAAUUCCUCAAUAUUUACGGAGUGGGGUUUACUCAGGCUUCCAAAUGGAUUCAACAAGGUUACCAGUCGCUGGAAGAUCUGAAGGCUAGGGCAUGCCUGACUAAGAACCAGCGAAUUGGUAUUGAACAUUAUGAUGACUUUCUGCAACGAAUUCCGCGCGCAGAGGUGGAAGCACAUGGAGCCAUCGUAAAGGAGUUACUCUUUAAAGUAGAUCCGGCCGUUAAAGUCAUAAUAGGAGGGUCUUAUAGACGUGGCGCAGCGAGCAGUGGUGAUAUAGAUCUCAUUAUUACCAAGGACGGUGCUUCACAGGCGGAUAUUUGCGCUCUGAUGACAGAUGUAGUUAUCCCGGCCUUGUUUCAGCAAAAUUACCUGCAAGCUAGUCUUGCAGUGGGUAACCGAGGGGAGAGUUCGAAGUGGCAUGGGACAUGUGCACUACCGCGAAGCAAAAGCCCCGUCUGGCGCCGAAUUGAUUUUCUGUAUGUGCCAGGGGAUGAGAUAGGCGCGGCGCUUAUUUAUUUCACCGGGAACGAGGUUUUUAACCGGAGUCUGCGGUUGUUGGCAAGUAAGAAGGGUAUGUGCUUGAAUCAGCGGGGUUUGUUCGCUGGUAUACUGCGAAGGGAGAACCGGGUGAAGUUGAACCGUGGACAUCUUCUUGAGAGUCGAGAUGAGAAGAGGAUCUUCGAGAUACUGGGUGUGCCGUGGCGUCCGCCCAACCACCGUAUCUGCUAG